ACCCGGUGCGCGCUCGGGCGGAGCGGCCACAUCUACAAGUCGCUGCCCCGAGAGCUGACUCUCUCCUCCGGAGACCGUGUGCAGCGUGGGGCGCGGGGCCAGAGUGAAUCCCGGGGCCGAGCCGGAGCCGGAGCCGCAGCCGCAGCCCCGUCCCGAGCCAGUUGCUUACAGUGCACAAUGGGUGAAGUAGUGAAAUACAUUGAUGAUGAACAUAAAAAUGCAUUUCUGAAGACCCUGAAUGAACAGCGUUUAGAAGGAGAAUUCUGUGACAUAGCCAUUGUGGUGGAAGAUGUUAAGUUCCGAGCACACAGAUGUGUUUUGGCAGCUUGCAGCACUUACUUUAAGAAACUGUUUAAAAAGCUAGAGGUUGAUAGUUCUUCAGUGAUUGAGAUUGAUUUUCUGCGUUCAGAUAUAUUUGAAGAAGUACUGAAUUAUAUGUACACCUCCAAAAUCUCUGUGAAGAGAGAAGAUGUGAAUCUGAUGAUGUCUUCUGGUCAAAUCCUUGGAAUAAAGUUUUUAGAUAAGCUAUGCACUCAGAAGCGUGAUGUGUCUCCUCAGCAGAACGCAGCUCGUCGUAAAAGCCGAUACCCUUACAGUAUAAGUGCUAAAAUCCAUCGGCCCUCAGUAAAUAGCACCGACGAGGAGAUAGAAGAAAUUGGAGAUCAACUUGAAGCCCAGUCAGAAGAAGCAAUGGAAGAAACCGUACCGAAUCAAGAUGACGGGAAGUCCCAAGCUAAUGGCCUGCGGGUUCAGGAAGCCAUUUUAAAAGAACUUGGAAGUGAAGAAGUUCGUAAAGUCAGUUGCUUUGCUUCAGAAGUGGAAACCAUUGAGACAACUGAGCCAAAGGAUGUGACUCCCCAACCACCUCCAACUCUUGCUUUCAAUGACAGCAUGAGUGGAGUCAAGGAAGAGCAGCCACCAGGCUGGACAGCAAACACUGAUGUGAAAUUUGAAUAUUUGCUGUAUGGGGACAGGGAACAGUUCAGUUGUCAGACCUGUGGCAAGUCUUUCACUGAUGAAACACGUUUGAGGAAACAUGAGAAGUUGCAUUCUGCUGAUCGACCAUUUGUGUGUGACAUCUGCUCGAAAGCCUUCACCACGCAAGCUCACCUGAAAGAACAUCUCAAAAUUCACACAGGUUUCAAACCUUACGGGUGUGAUGUGUGUGGAAAAUCCUUCAUUCGAGCACCUGACCUAAAAAAACAUGAACGAGUUCACAGUAAUGAAAGACCCUUUGCAUGUCACAUGUGUGACAAAGCCUUCAAGCACAAGUCUCACCUUAAAGAUCAUGAGCGGAGGCACCGAGGUGAAAAGCCAUUUGUUUGUGGUUCCUGUACUAAAGCUUUUGCCAAAGCUUCGGAUCUAAAGAGGCAUGAGAACAAUAUGCAUAGUGAACGCAAACAAGUGCCUACAAAUGUGAUUGCUAGUGAAACAGAGCAGUUGCAAGCUGCAGCGAUGGCAGCUGAAACAGAGCAAAACCUCGAAAGUAUAGCCUGUAGUUGAAGCUAAAUUAAUGCUACUUUCCCCAUUUCCCUUUUGUUUUUGUAAAGGGUUUCUAUCAAAUAUAGGUGACUCCUUUAAUAAAUAUGACCCUUGUGUACUUUUGCCUUUAAAUUGUUCCUUUUCACAAUUUGUGUAUAUUAUUUAAAUGUUUAGGAAGAAUUGUUGCACUGUAUAAGGAGUUAAAAGGGUUGGCCACUUGGGACAACAGAAAUUAUGGAAUUGAACACUUCAGAUGUUAUAAAUGCUUUAAUCCUUGUAUAGUGCAAUAAUGUAUUUAUGGCAUACUUUGGUGUGUUUCAGUUUUAAUUUUUUUUAAUAAAGUUGCUUUUAAUGUUUCAGCCUGCCACUGCAGACUUUUUGACUAUAUUUGGUGGUAGCAUAUGAGCCACUAGGGUCAAAACCCUUUAGGAAUAAGAUUAAAGUAUUUUUGAUACCCAUUCUUUUCAAAGGACACCUGCCCACAGAUAUGUUGCUAAUUUAGUUUGAACAAUUUUAUGCUUGAUUUUUAAGCAUUCUUAAAAGAACUACUGUUGGUGUUUGUUUUUUGUACCACUAUUUCUUUAAAUAAGUUUCUUUAAGGGAAGCAAAGACAAUUUAUGUAUAGCCUAUAUCACAUGUUGGUCUUAUUUUAUACCAGCUAAUGGUGCAGGAUGCAUACAUUGUGAUGUAUGCACAGACUCCUUUGUAUCACAUAUUGCAUAGUGGUAAAAGAACAUAAGUAUCAAUUAAUGUUUAGUGUUCUUAAUGCAGAAUAUGAUGUAAUAAGAUAAAUUUGCAUACAGUAUCUCCCUUGUUAAAUUGAAGCUUGAGUUGUGGAUUUCGAUAAAUAGCAGCAGACCUUGACAACAGCAAAGCUUCUGACUCAGAAAAGAUACUUGCCAUUUCCCUAAAAAAGCUUUCGAACAAAAUCUGGAUCCUUAACAACUUAACAAUGGAGCAAUGCUGCAUUUAAUACUUUUGCCUGCACUUAAGAAAUCUCUCCUUAAAGCAGCUAUCUGAUAAUUCUUAUGGUAAAAUUUUAAAUAGAUGUCUGUAAAUAUUUUUAAUUAAAAAUUGAAUAAUUGUAAAAUUUACUGUUAGAUUUGACGUCAGGUUAAGUUGUCUUGCCCAGUUCAAAGUUUAGAAAACAUGAUUAAAAUUUUCAUACAUACGCAUAUUUUUCAGUAGCCUACAUAACAUGUUGGUCUUACUUUAUACCAGCUUAUGAUGCAGGUUGCAUAUUAUCAAAGUGCUUUCACCCUAGUCUGUGCCAGUGUCUGCGUUCAUGUGUCAAGCCUGUAGUGAUGUUAUGUAAGCGAUGUGCUUACUCUCAAAUUAAUUGUCAGUGUUUUGAUAUGAAUGUUUCGUAAUCAACACAAUAUGUAGAAAUUUGAGUUGGGUCAUUUGAAAAUAUUUUGUUUUCAGUUUUAUAAUUGGUUUGAUCAGUGUUGGACUAAAAUUAACUUGCCUUUCUCAGAACAUUCACUAUUGUCUGAAAAAUGUCUUGCAAAUUAAAAUGUAAACAUUUUA